UGUCGCACUGUUGUUAACGUGUGUGAAUAUGAACGAGGAAUUACUUGGGCUAGUUUUUUACGUACUCCAUCGUUCCGUCGUAUCUAUCUGAUUGAAAAAUUGCCGUUUUCUGAUUAAAUUCUAGUCUCUAAGUUUUUUUUUAUUAAAAAAUUUUAAAAUAAAGAUUUUUUUUGUUUUGCUAUCCAAUAAUUCGUCGGCGUAAGUUAUUCUACGUAUCACGUAUUCGUUUAUUACCGGCCAAAUCGUACGAACGUGGUCGGUAUCUAAUAAUUUCUUAUUAUUCUUGAACCGAUUUAUGCGUUUACGUGAUUAGGUAUGCCGUAUUACGGACGAAAGAAGUUUUAAAGAUAUGAGGCACUUUUAAUGUAAAGAGUAUCAGUGACAUUUAAUAAGUUCAAGAUUGUCGAGUGCAAAAUUUUUGUUUCCAUAGAUUUAGUAAUAAGAUUGCUGUGAAUGUUAUAUUAAAGGAUAGUUGUUUUAAAAUACCAAGCCGUCCACAAUGGAGGACGCACACGCCAAGACCGUAGACGAAGUAAAAAACUACUUUAGUGUAGAUGUAGAAAGAGGAUUGACUACUGAUCAAGUCAAAAGAAACCAGGCCAAAUAUGGACCAAAUGAACUGCCUGCAGAAGAAGGCAAAACGAUAUGGCAAUUAGUCCUCGAACAAUUCGAUGACCUUUUAGUUAAAAUUUUAUUGUUAGCUGCAAUUAUAUCUUUUAUAUUAGCAUUAUUUGAAGAACAUGAAGACCUUAACGAAACUCUAACAGCUUUUGUUGAACCAUUUGUUAUUCUACUUAUAUUAAUUGCCAAUGCUGUAGUUGGAGUGUGGCAAGAACGAAAUGCCGAAUCUGCAAUUGAAGCACUCAAAGAAUAUGAACCAGAAAUGGGAAAAGUCAUUAGAGGUGACAAGGCUGGUAUACAAAAAAUUAGGGCAAAAGAAAUUGUUCCUGGUGAUAUUGUAGAAGUGUCAGUUGGUGAUAAGAUACCUGCUGAUAUUAGGUUAAUUAAAAUUUUCUCAACUACACUUAGAAUUGAUCAGUCAAUUUUGACCGGUGAAUCAGUUUCUGUUAUCAAACAUACCGAUGCCAUUCCAGAUCCAAGAGCUGUAAAUCAAGAUAAAAAAAAUAUUCUCUUCAGUGGUACAAAUGUUGCUGCUGGAAAAGCUAGAGGUAUUGUCAUGGGAACUGGUUUAAAUACAGCUAUUGGUAAGAUUCGUACAGAAAUGAGUGAGACUGAAGAAAUAAAGACUCCUUUACAACAAAAAUUAGAUGAAUUUGGUGAACAACUCAGUAAAGUUAUUUCUAUUAUCUGUGUAGCUGUAUGGGCUAUUAAUAUUGGUCAUUUCAAUGAUCCUGCUCAUGGUGGAUCUUGGUUGAAGGGAGCUAUAUAUUAUUUCAAAAUAGCUGUAGCUUUAGCUGUUGCUGCUAUUCCUGAAGGUUUACCAGCUGUUAUCACUACAUGUUUGGCAUUGGGUACUCGACGAAUGGCUAAAAAAAAUGCAAUUGUGAGAUCUUUACCUUCAGUUGAAACUCUUGGAUGUACAUCUGUUAUAUGCUCGGAUAAAACUGGUACUCUUACCACGAACCAAAUGUCUGUGAGCAGGAUGUUUGUUUUUCAAAAUGUGGAAGGAAAUGAUAGUUCAUUUACUGAAUUUGAAAUCAGUGGAUCAACUUAUGAACCCAUUGGUGAUGUAUUUUUAAAUAGUCAAAAAGUUAAAGCAUCAGAUUUUGAAACACUAAAUGAAUUGGGAACAAUUUGUGUAAUGUGUAAUGACUCUGCUAUUGAUUUUAAUGAAUUUAAACAAGCAUUUGAAAAAGUUGGAGAAGCUACUGAAACAGCUUUGAUAGUGUUAGCUGAAAAAAUGAACCCAAAUAAUGUUUCCAAAACUGGAUUAGAUCGCAGAACAACUGCAAUUGUUGUGAGACAAGAUAUUGAAACUAAGUGGAAAAAAGAAUUUACAUUAGAAUUCUCCAGGGAUCGUAAAUCUAUGUCUUCUUAUUGUACACCUAUUAAACCCUCCAAACUUGGAAAUGGUCCAAAGUUAUUUGUCAAAGGUGCUCCAGAAGGAGUUUUGGAAAGGUGUACUCAUGCGAGAGUUGGUUCCCAAAAGGUUCCUUUAACACCCAUUCUCAAAAAUCGAAUCCUGGAUUUAACUCGCAAGUAUGGUACAGGACGUGAUACUCUCCGAUGUUUAGCUUUGGCAACAGCUGAUAGUCCAUUAAGACCAGAUCAAAUGGACUUAAAUGAAUCAUCUAAAUUCUAUACUUAUGAAGUAAAUUUAACCUUUGUUGGGGUUGUUGGUAUGUUAGAUCCACCUCGUAAAGAAGUAUUUGAUUCAAUUCAAAGAUGUAGAGCUGCUGGUAUUAGAGUUAUUGUCAUCACUGGCGAUAACAAAGCUACAGCUGAAGCUAUAUGUCGUAGAAUCGGUGUAUUUACUGAGGACGAAGAUACUACUGGAAAAUCAUAUUCUGGGCGUGAAUUUGAUGAUCUUUCUAUUUCUGAUCAAAAAGCAGCUGUUGCAAAAGCUCGAUUGUUUUCUCGUGUAGAGCCUGCUCACAAGUCUAAAAUUGUUGAGUAUUUACAGAGUAUGAAUGAAAUAUCUGCUAUGACUGGUGAUGGUGUAAAUGAUGCCCCUGCAUUAAAAAAGGCAGAAAUUGGUAUUGCCAUGGGUUCUGGAACAGCUGUAGCUAAAUCUGCAUCUGAAAUGGUAUUGGCUGACGACAAUUUUUCAUCAAUUGUAGCUGCAGUUGAAGAAGGUCGUGCCAUUUAUAAUAAUAUGAAACAAUUCAUUAGAUAUUUAAUUUCGUCAAAUAUUGGUGAAGUGGUCAGUAUUUUUUUGACUGCUGCUCUUGGUCUACCUGAAGCUUUAAUACCCGUUCAACUUUUGUGGGUUAAUUUGGUAACUGAUGGUUUACCAGCUACUGCUCUUGGUUUUAAUCCUCCUGACCUUGAUAUUAUGGAUAAGCCUCCCCGAAAGAGUAAUGAAGGUUUGAUCUCCGGUUGGUUAUUCUUCCGUUACAUGGCUGUUGGUAUUUAUGUUGGUGCUGCUACUGUAGGUGCUGCAGCUUGGUGGUUUAUGUUUUGUGAAGAUGGUCCUCAAAUAUCAUACUACCAAUUGACUCAUCACUUAUCAUGUUUGAGUGGAGGAAACGAAUUUAGAGGCUUAAACUGUGCUGUUUUCCAUGAUCCUCAUCCAAUGACUAUGGCACUUUCUGUUUUAGUCACAAUUGAAAUGUUAAAUGCUAUGAACAGUUUAUCAGAAAAUCAAUCAUUAAUUAGUAUGCCACCAUGGUGUAAUUUAUGGCUGAUUGGAUCUAUGUUAUUGUCUUUCUCUCUUCAUUUUGUUAUUCUUCAUGUUGAAAUAUUAUCGACUGUAUUCCAAGUGACACCCCUUUCAAUUGAUGAAUGGAUUACAGUCAUGAAGUUCUCUAUACCAGUAGUUCUAUUAGAUGAAACUUUGAAAUUCAUUGCUCGUCGGUUCACUGAUGUUCCUGCCACCGUUGAACAAAAAUGGUGAAGCAUCAGAAAGUUCUGCUUUUAAGCAAGCUGGGAUAUGAAUCAGUAAUCAAUAUUGAUAAUUACUUAUUUUUAACGUAUGGAAAAGUUUUGACAAACUGAAUUAAGAAGCCAUGAAAAAAAUUUUCAUUUAUUUUUAACAUAUAUUAGACUGUUUGUUGAUUUAGUAGUUGAAGUACAAAAUACCUUCAUUGCUUAUUUCUGUAGAUAUAUUUACAUAGUAUAAGCUUAAAAAAUAAUUCUAUCAGCAGUCUCAAUUUAUCAUUGUGUUCAAUAAUUAAGGUGUCUGUUAUUGUUUUUAAAAAUUAUUUUACAGCUCAAAAAAUAAUAUUUGCUAAUUUGUUCUAUCACAGGACAAAAUAAAAGAUAAAAU